CUUUUCUUCUCCAGGUUGCCACCAUGUCUGUGUCACACAGUUCCAAGCUAAACAAGGGGGUCAGAGACCAGUACAUGAAGCUACCCCAAGGGAAAAGGGUGUUGGCCACAUACAUUUGGAUAGAUGGAACCGGGGAGGGCCUUCGUUGUAAAACCAGAACCUUAAACCAGGAACCAAACUCUGUUGAAGAACUUCCCGAAUGGAAUUUUGAUGGCUCAAGUACAGGACAAGCCGAAGGAUCUAACAGUGAUAUGUUCCUAAUACCCGUGAAGAUGUUCCGAGACCCGUUUUGCUUAGACCCCAACAAGCUGGUAUUGUGUGAGGUUCUGAAAUACAACCGGAAACGGGCUGAGACCAAUUUUAGGAACACCUGCAAGCAAGUCAUGGACAUGGUGAAAGAUAGUCAGCCUUGGUUUGGAAUGGAACAGGAGUACACCUUGCUGGGCGUUGAUGGGCGUCCAUACGCCUGGCCUGAAAAUGGAUUUCCGGGGCCACAAGGACCCUACUACUGUGGAGUUGGUGCAAACAAAGUGUAUGGACGUGAUAUUGUGGAAGCACACUACAAAGCUUGCAUGUAUGCUGGUGUGGAGAUCGGUGGCACCAACGCUGAAGUCAUGCCAUCUCAGUGGGAAUUCCAAGUGGGACCGUGUGUAGGCAUUGAAAUGGGUGACCACCUGUGGAUGGCGAGAUACAUUUUACAUCGGGUCUGUGAAGAUUUUGGUAUCGUGGCCACCUUGGAUCCGAAGCCGAUGACAGGCAACUGGAAUGGGGCUGGAUGUCAUACCAAUGUCAGCACCAUAGAAACAAGACAGAAAGGGGGUAUCAAGUGCAUUGAAGCUGCCAUUGAGAAGCUGAGCAAACGCCACAAGUAUCACAUCCGGAUGUACGAUCCGCGAGGAGGCCAGGACAACUCCAGAAGGCUAACUGGCCAGCACGAGACCUCCAGCAUCACAGAGUUUUCAGCCGGAGUGGCCAACCGGGGAGCCAGCAUCCGAAUCCCCCGCCAAGUGGGGCAGGACGGCUGUGGCUACUUUGAAGACCGACGGCCAUCCGCCAAUUGCGAUCCCUACGCAGUUACCGAAGCCAUUAUGCGGACCAUUAUUCUUGGCGAGACAGGGGAUGAACCUGUGGAGUACUCAGAUGAAACCCGGCUGCAGAGGGCUACUCUCAAAGACUGAACUCCCCAUUAGCCAUGGCCUACUCCCCCCUCCCCCAAGCACGUUCUGCACCAGUUAGUAAACUUCUGGCAACUUCAGAAAGA